AUGACUCUCCUUAGCACCUUUAGAGUCCUUCUUCUGUGGGGAUUGAUGCUUUUUAUAGAAUGCAGAGUUCAAGCAGCUCAAGUAGGGCAAUCUUCUAUUGCCCUGCUGGGUGAGGACCCUACUUUGCCCCUGAUUCAGGAGCUGCUGGAAGAAGCCCCUGGCAAGCAGCAGAGGAAGCCUCAGCUCGAAGGGCACCCCUUGCGGUACAUGCUGGAGUUGUACCAGCGCUCAGCUGACCCUCGUGGGCACCCAAGGGAGAACCGCACCAUCGGGGCCACCAUGGUGAGGCUGGUGAGGCCCUCGGCUAAUGUAGCCAGACCAUUGAGAGGUCCUUGGCAUAUAAAGACCCUGGACUUUCCUCUGAGACCAAAUCGAGUAGCAUACCAACUAGUCAGAGCCAUGGUGGUUUAUCGCCAUCAACUCCACCUUGCUCAUUUACAUCUCACCUGCCAUGUGGAGCCCUGGGUCCAGAAAAACCCAAGCAAUCACUUUCCUCCAGGAAGAGGUUCCACAAAGCCUUCCCUGAUGUCCAAGGCUUGGAUGGAAAUGGAUAUCACGCAACACAUCCAGCAAAGGCUCUGGAACCACAAGGGGCGCAGAGUCCUACGACUGCGCUUCAUGUGCCAGCAGCAAAAAGGGAGCCAAGUGCAGGAGUUCCAAUGGCACAGUACGUCAUCCUUGGACAUUGCCUUCUUGCUCCUUUAUUUCAAUGAUACUCACAAAAGCGUUCAGAAGGUCAAGCUUCCCCCCAGAGGUCUGGAGGAGUUUAUGGAAAGGGAAUCUCCUCUUCUGCGGAGGGCCCGGCAAGCAGGCAGUAUUGCAUCUGAGGUUCCUGGCUCCUCUAGGGCACGUGAUGGGCCAGAAAACAACCAGUGUUCCCUCCACCAUUUCCAAGUCAGCUUCCACCAGCUGGGAUGGGAUCACUGGAUCAUUGCUCCUCAUCUCUACACUCCAAACUACUGCAAGGGAGUCUGCCCUCGGGUGCUACGUUAUGGUCUCAAUUCCCCUAAUCACGCGAUCAUCCAGAACCUCGUCAAUGAACUGGUGGACCAGAGUGUUCCUCAACCCUCCUGUGUCCCUUAUAAGUAUGUUCCCAUUAGCAUCCUACUAAUUGAGGCAAAUGGGAGUAUUUUGUACAAGGAAUAUGAGGAUAUGAUUGCUCAGUCCUGUACCUGUCGCUGA